UGAAGGCGCGGCCAAUGGCGCAUAGGGUGAGAGUUGAAGGGUGGAAGGUGCUGGUAGCCGGUAGUGCUGCUUCCUUUCAGCGCGUGUGCUGGGCUACCUGGUUGUCAUGGAGGCAGUCUUGACGGAGGCGCUUGAUGAGGAGGAACAGCUGGUGAGACGGCAUCGCAAAGAGAAGAAGGAGUUGCAAGCCAAAAUUCAGGGUAUGAAGAAUGCUGUUCCCAAGAAUGACAAAAAGAGGAGGAAGCAACUUAUUGAAGAAGUUGCUAAGUUAGAAGCAGAAAUUGAACAGAAGCAUAAAGAAGAGCUGGAGCAAUUGAAGCUGACCACUAAGGAGAGUAAAUUAGAUUCUGUUGCUGUUAAUAUUUCAAACUUGGUUCUUGAGAAUCAGCCGCUUCGGAUAUCAAAAGCACAAAAGAGACGGGACAAAAAAGCUGCAUUGGAAAAGGAGCGGGAAGAAAGGAUAGCUGAAGCUGAAAUUGAAAACUUAACUGGAGCUAGACAUGUAGAAAGUGAAAAACUUGCUCAAAUAUUGGCAGCUAGACAGUUGGAAAUUAAACAGAUUCCAUCUGAUGGCCACUGUAUGUAUAGAGCCAUUGAAGAUCAACUGAAAGAACAGGACUGUGCUCUGACUGUGGCUGCCUUAAGAUGUCAAACUGCUGACUAUAUGCAAAGCCAUGUAGAAGACUUUCUGCCAUUUUUAACAAAUCCUAAUACAGGAGAUAUGUAUACUUCAGAAGAGUUUGGAAAGUACUGUGAUGAUAUCAUAAACACAGCUGCAUGGGGAGGUCAGCUUGAGCUAAGAGCCCUGUCUCACAUUUUACGAACACCAAUAGAGGUAAUACAGGCAGAUUCUCCUCCUAUUGUAGUUGGUGAAGAAUAUCCAAAGAACCCAUUAAUACUUGUUUAUAUGAGACAUGCAUAUGGCUUAGGAGAACACUACAAUUCUGUUAAACGGUUGGUGAACACAUUCUACUGAAAAUUGCAGCUAGUCUAUAAAAUGGUGCAGUUAUGUUUUAGUACAAUGGUGAUCUGGAGUGUUAAUAUCAAGUGUUGGAUUGUUCUAAGUGUUUCUGAAAAAACACAACUACCUUAAAUCAGUUUUAUGGCAAAGCUACUAAUAGGUUUUUAAAAAAUGUGUCAGAGAUAAACUUUAACCAAUGUUCCCUUAGUGGUGUUUUGAAAACACUUGUAAGUUCCUUGUGGAGAACAUCAUAUAAAGACCAAGAUGGUACCCUGUUUGCUGAUAUUUUUAUUAAAUAUAGGAUCCUGAACAUUAUGUUCUGUGUUGAAAUAGUUAAAAAAUUUUUUUUCUAUUAUUGGAAGCUUACAGUAACCGUAGCAAUGUAAUUUUUCUUGAAGAAGUGAAAUGACUCAGUCUCUUUGACAUUGCAAUAAUGUGGUGAUGGUGAUGCAUAUUUAAUGAGUGCUUAUAAAUGAACUUGAUUGCAGUAACUUUGUGUUGAUGGGACUAAUGCUGUGAUGCUUUUUAUAUAAACCCCAUCAAAGUGCAGCUGAGAAGCUUGUUUUAAUAAAGAAUUUAAAAAUAUUUAUUCAGAUGGGAAUCAGUUGUUAUGUUUUAAGAAAUAAGACAAAUUCAUAGGUAAAUAUAUGUUCCCAAUCAGCUUUAAACCUCUAAAAAAGAGAAGUCAUUUAUUUGUAUAUAAUUUAAAAAGACUCAGCAGAUUAUUGCCUAAUUCAUGUUAUUCCUUGCUAUUUCGUAACUUCAGAAUGGUUGCACCAUCAUUUCUUAAUUAUCUUCUUAAGUAUAAAUUUUUAUAUUCUUUGUUGUAUUUUCUUCAUCACUAUUCAGUUGCUUUGCUUUCCUUGCAGCCUUUUCCACUAAGAAAUAGUUUUUAGCCUCUCUUAUUCUUUAACUUGUGCAAAUUGAAGGAGUAGCAAUGUAAAAGGGUCCAGGGCCAAAUUUAUUUCAAAUUCUUCCUCUUUUCCAAUUUGUCUUACAAGAUCUCUCUUUUUGCUUCAUCCUCUAAGAUUAGAGAAGCCUUUAUUACUUGUUAUUUUGUUAACCUUAUUAAUGUCACCUUUCCUCGAAUAUUUGAGAAUAUUUGUCUCAAAUGUUUGGGCAUUUUUAUCUUAUAUACAUGCAUAAAGCUGAAAGCCACUGUUGAGCCAAGACUGUAGAAUUAAAUCAGUACAGUACUUUUCAGUUGAAUGAUUUGUCUAGCUCAGAUUUUAGGUUACUUAUAACAAUAUUCUAAGAAGAUAGUACCCAAAUAUACAAAUGUGUCUGAUAAUUUGCUGUGUUAAAGGGGGUAUUAUAAAAAUGAGACCUUUUUGGUUUGAUAUGUUUUUCUCAAAUAAGAAAUAACUAGUAAGAUUUUGCAUCAAGUUUAUAAAAUUUGAAUUUUUUCUCCAUGAAUGCAACUAAUUUUUAUAAGUAAGUGUUGGGUUUUAUAAUAUUAAAAUUAGGGUAUCAGUAUCAUAUUCCUAGCAGGUAACAGUGUGGGAAGCUGGCAGGGACUGUUGUGGAGCAAAUAAGUACUGCAUGAAGGUAUUACACUACUAAAGAUUAAGAACCAUUCUGCCUGCCAAACAAAAUAUAUUCUGAAGGCUGCUUGUUUUGUAGUCCUUGAUCUGAAUUUUUUUGGGGUCUGAAAUUUAUAAAAGAAUGAAAUUAUGAAAUACUAAGCAGCUUGGCUUUAUUUUGAAAUAAUCUGUUACUUUAAAAGAGAAGCAUUAAGAAGUAAUAAAACAAGAUACAGUGAAAUCUAGUUGUUAUAAAUUGCAUCUAUAUUUAAAGUAUUCUGAAAUAACUUAUUGGUAGCUAUUUUUUUUCCUAGCAGAAUGAGUAGAAUUUUCUUGAUUAUAGGUAUAUUUUUUAUUUUUAUUAUUUUUUAUUUUUUAAAUGGUCAGUAUGGUUAUGAGUAGGAUUUGUAUGGUCAGCUUCUGUUUUUUCAUAAAACUUGACAUAAAAAUUUUUUUAGCUGUAGCCUAAAGACUAAAAUUAAAGUCUUUAAAAAAUGGCAGAUGUUAACUUAAAAGCAGCAUACACUAAUUUAGUGUGCUGUAUGAUGCUGUUCUCUUAGGGAGGAUUGAUAAGCUGUCUUUUGUCCUAACUCAGAAAAGUAUAUGGCAGAGUUCUGGAAUAUGCCUUUAGCCAAGAAUUUUAUCCAUUUAAAUAUGUUUAUAACUUAUAUAAAGCAAAAAAGAAUGUGUGUAACUAUAGUGAGCAAUAAAAUUUUGUUCAUGUUAUCUGAUGUUUGCUAAAAUAAAAAUAAAAGAUGAAUGAAUGAAGUCAUUUGUUAAGUUAUUCUUUAAUAAUUUUAGAAUUUAGAAGUAGAGAAAACUUUUAGAAUUUUAUUCAGCCUUUAUUUUGCCCUCAUCUAUAAUAGAGAAUAAUAUAAUCACAGAUUCUAAUAUUUAUAAUAUUUAUAUUAUUUUAUUAUUUUAAAAUAAUGAAAGGCAAAUUAAUUAGAAAACCAUCUAAAACUCUUGGGUGUUGAAGAAAAAAAUGAAUAAACAUUUGUGUGUGAGAAUUUGAAGCAGUAAGAAGGAAAUCUGUGCAAAUUAGUGCUGGCAUAUAUUUGUUAAUAUCUUGUCAUGGUACAUACAGGUUGUCAUGAACUAGCUGAAGGAGUAGGUCAGCUUUUUUUCUGAAAAUAUAAUUUGUAACUUCAUACUGUUUUUACUUCUACUGAACAAAUGAGAGAGUGAAGUUUCUUCCUGUGUGUUUUUACGUGCAUUGAUUCUUCUAAGUCUUGUUUGAAAUAUCUCUUUCUCCAUCUUAUGGAAAAAGAACUCACAGGGUUUCUAAUUCUUUUUUUAAAGUAAAUUUUAGAAGCAUCAGUUCUUGUUCUUUACCCCACCUUGUUCUCUCCUACAAGGCCUUUGAACUGAUAUUUGGAGUUGGGUGCAACCUGCUUCACCUAUCUUACUGUCUUCCUGGUCUCAGCUUAAAUAGCACUGACCUCGGUAAGCUUCCCAUACUUCUUCCACCUGGGCUAGGUUAGGUACCCCAGUUCAUGCAUGUUGCUAGAAGUAACUAUACACUUAUAAUUAUAGAAGUAACUAUACACUUAUAAUUAUACAAUUAUAAAAAAGUGAUUUACAUGUAGUUUAUUAUUAUUGUUGUUGUUAUUAUUUCCCCUUAGUCUUUAAGUGCUUAGAAACAAGGACUUGUUGAUUGCUAUUAAAAUAUCUAGCACAUUGCUUGGCCUAUGUAUUAAAUACUUAAUGUAUGUUGAUAGUUGUAAGAUCAGUUGAGAGGAUAGGAUAUGACUGAGGAGUUUCUUUAGGCUAAUGGGACCGUUAAGAAUAGAACAAGAUAGUGACAUAGAAUUGUGCUUGCUCACCAAAAGAAGAGCUGCUUUCUAGUUUACAUUACCCUUGGAUAAAUUCUUAUGUCUUCUGGUUAGUUGAAAGAAGAAUGUGACCCAAGAGGGCUUUCUUUUUUCUUAACUUCUGAUAGUGUUACAGUUAAUUUACCUUCAUGUGCCAAUUAGGACAAUCUGAUUUUAACAAACCUAAAAAAUAUAAUGGUCCUCUAAAGCAAGUAUACAAACCAAAUAAAUAAAUAAAUAAACAAAUAAUAAAAGAAAGAAAAACUUUGCUAAUAUACUGACCAGGAAGAAGUUUACAGUUGUCUUAUUUCAGUAUAAUCAGGAUGACUAGUAUGCCUUACUGAAACAAAUUACUGCCUUUGUACAAGGCUGCUGAAUUUAUUAUUUUUCUUAUAAUCUUUCUCCUGAUUUUUCUUAAAAUACCAACCCCUGCCUCUGUAAGACUAAAUAAGUCCGCUCACAUAAAGAAUUUAUCACAGUCUGACACAUAGUAAAUGCUCAGUAAAGGUAGUUAUGUUUUGUUUUGUGUGGUUUCAUAUAGACAUUUAAAUCAAGAUCUUCACCUUUUGUUAAAUCUCAAGUGUGCAAGCACUACUCUUGGGACUGAUUGAAGGUGCUAACAUAUGCCUGUUGUGCCAAGGAGUGGUUUCCCUGCUGUGUGAUGGAUAAGGAAGAGGAUAGUGGAGCUAAGGUCCAGGCAGGAGUUGGUAUGCUCAAUACCCUGUUUUUAUAGAUAAUGGGGAUGAGACUUGAAGAGGUUAAGAAUGAAUAACUUGCCAAGCCAUAUGGCUAAUAAAUGGCAAGGUUGACCAUAGAAGGCAGGCCUUUAAGAAUCCAAAACCCUUUAAAUCAAAACUUCCAUUUUCAUUUUAAAAAGAAAACCAAGAGAAAUAUACAAUAUCCUUGUUUAUUACAGAAGAGAGAAUUUCUGCAGUAGAUUUCUAGUACAUGAAGCAUCUGUUUAUGUUUGGAAACUUUUACCUUGGGACUGUUUGGAAACUAAGCCUCAGAUCACACUUUAAUCACAAAAUAAGUCUGCCAAAACAAAUUAAAUAAUUGUAUUGGUUUCUGCCAUAAACUGUGUUUAUGACCUCCAGUUUUCCAUGCAUUUUUGCAGCAUUCAAAACUCUUUUAAUUUGUCCUAGGGCCACCUAUGAGAGUAGGAAUUACCCAAGUUCUUUGCAUUGUAGAGUAUUAAUAAAUGGAACAAGCCCCCUCUGUGUUAAUAAAAUUAAUGUUUUUACUUUAAGGUGCUUAAGAUUCUAGAAUGCUAUAUAGUUUAGCAUUCUCUACAGCACUUCAUACUUCCAUGGUAGUUUAUAGUCGUUAGUUAAAUAUUUCUCACAUGUCUCAGUGGAAUAGCUUGGUAUUCUUUCUUGUUCUACUGAUGAGAAGAGAGAUAUAGCUUAGUUUGACUGACUUAUUUAAGUUUCCAUAAUAAGUCUAUUGCUCCAUUUGGAUUAACAUUCAGUGUAAAGUUCCCUUGUCUUGUGCUGAAUUCACAGGAUGAUACUGUCUCAAAAAAUUGGUGAUUUUUCAUCAGAUUAUGGCAAAUAGAUUGAUUUCUGGUUGCUAGAAAAGGUCUGGAUGCUGACAUUCCACAACGCUAACCCAUACAGCAAAGAGAUGAGCAACCCUUUCAGCUGGGCAUCCAUAGGGAAUGCAUUUAAGAUGCAGGUCAAAACACAAAAAAGGUGAAAUGAGUAAACCCCAUCUCCUUUUUUACUUUUUUCUUCUUAUGUCUUCAUCAACCUGGACCUGUGCCACAGCCGUACCCUGCUCAACUCUCAUUUCCCUACUUCCACCCUAAGUUAUCAUUCAUCCCAUCUAAUGUACCUAUGAGAUCAGGUUCUAGUCACAAUCUUACCCACAUUAUGCCCUAUCAUUUCCUCUCUAUCCCUUUUUCUCUUCUACCUAGAAUAGUACAGAAGCCUCAUAAGUGCUGUCCCUGCCUCUAGUCUUGCUCCCAUUAACUCUCCCUUCAUGUUGCUGCGAACUGCCAGAAAUGCAUACCUGGCUACUGUCUUCCCUGCCUAAACUUUCUAGUGGCUCCUCAUUCCUGUAGAAUGAAGUCCACAUUCCUUAUUGUGGUAUUUAAGGGAGGUCCUUCAUGACUGGUCCUACAUACCUGUCCAACAUCAACUCCCAUCAUUUCUUUGUUUAGACUUAUGCAAUAGAAUUAUUUAUAUUCCCCAUGGCUCUGUGUAUUUCAUACCAUGAGCAUUUUUUCAUGCUCCUUUUAUUUAAAUUCUUUCCCUCCUCACAUUUAUUUCAUCAACUAGUUAGUUCUUUUAAACAUAUUAUGAUUGGACUUAGCAGUAAACAGCAGGAAAUCUUAUUGGAACCAACAAAUCAGGUUCUUUGCCACCUUGUGUAUUUAUUUAAGUUAGCAUUUAUUAUAUUGAAAUGUUGGCUUCAUGAGAGAAUUGACUUACCGUGUUCAUUACUAUGUCCCCAAUGCCUCAGUGCUAUAGUGGUGCCUAGGUGUGUAAUGGGCACUUGAUACAUAUGUGAUUAUUGUGAUGAUUUUGCAACAUAUACAUAUACCAAGUCAUCAUGUUGUACACCUUAAACUAAUAAAAUGUUAACUGGAAAAAACUGGAGGCAUCUAGUGUUAAUAUCAUGCAUCCUGUUGCUAAUCUACUGGCUCACUUCACUGGUGUGAAUUAACAGUUGAGCCUGUAGUGUCACCCACUUGUCAAAUCUUUUCCUUAAGCAUCUCUGAAUUCUGGGGCAGGCACAGCACUAGACACAAAAGCAGCCACACCUACACGGAUGGCUUAACCAGCUUCUAUAAAUACCUAAGGUCAAAGUCUGUAUGAUUCCUAGUUGGUCUUUUUCUCUGAUUGAACCCUGAUACAGAAUUUGCUGCUGUAACAAAAUAUCUAAACCAUGUAAUGGGCUUUGGGUCUUGGCCUCAGGUGUAAGUUAGAAAGGCCUUGAGGAGAUUGUUAGCAGGAGCCUGAGGUCACUCCAGGAGGCUGUUGGUGGGGGUUUAAAGGAAUGAGGAAGAUGUUAUUGGAACUUGGAAGAAAGGUGACUUCUGUUACAUAGUAGAAGAAAGUUUAGCAAUGAUGCCAGCAGCAUUAACAUGGAAAAUAAGAAGUAUAUCUCAUCAACUGGAUGAUCUGCCUCAGGAAAUUUCUAGAGAGUGUUGGAGUUGCUAUCUGGAUACUUCUAGCUGCCUAUAGUAAAUGACAGGGGAGAAAGGCAAGCAAGAGGAAAAAAUUAUUAAAUAUAAGUGAGCCACGAAUUUUGGGGUUUGAAAAACAAAACAAAACUUUCUCACUGCUAGCCUCUCCAGACAGUAAAUGAUGCUAAAAUUAAGGAAUGAGUUCCAGAUAGAGAGUGAAUCAGGGAACUGUCAGGAAAAUGAACUCCAAAGGUGAAGCCAAGGGCGUGACUAUAAAACGCUUUGUUAAGACCUCAGGAAGAUUGAAGACAUUUUCUAAUCAACAGAUGAGAGAGCUUCUAAAAUUCUUAAGGCUGUUGUCCCACAGUAGUUUCACAUGGGAACCUAAAAUAGAGAAGGGCUAUUGCAAAGAGAUUUUGAGUGUGGCUUUUGUCUGAGUGAAUUAUGAACUGUUUCAAGGCAAACCUAUAAAGUUUUUAAAGGGAUUGUGUCAGUGUGGAUCAAAAGUGAUGGUAUAAAAUGAAAAGAUGAACCCUCAUACAUUGCUGGUAGGAAUAUAAACUGAUGCAGCCACUUUGGGAAACAGUCUGGCAGUUCCUCAAACGGUACAAUAUGACCUCUCCUAGAUAUAUACCCAAGAAAAUUGUACACAAAUGUUCAUAGUAUUAUUUGUAAUAGCCAAAAAGUAGAAACAACAUAAAUGUACAUCAACUGAUAAGUGGAUAAAUAUAGUAUAGCCAUACAAUGGAAUAUUUUUAGUCAAUAAAGAGGACUGAAGUACUGGUACAUGCUGUAACAUGAAUGAACUUUGAAAGCAUUAUGUUGAGUGAAAGACACAUAUGAUCUCAUCUAUAUAAAAUGUCCAGAGUAGGCAAAUCUAUAGAGAUAGAAAAGAAAUUAGUGGUUACCUAGGACUGGGGUGGAUGGGAAAAAUAGGAAGGUAAUUGCUGACGAAUCCAGCGUUUCUUUUUGGGGUGAUAAGAGCUUUCCAAAAGUGAUUGUGGUGAUGGUUGAACAACUUGGUGAAUAUACUUAAACCACUGAGUUGUACACUUUGAAUGGGUGAAUUAUAUGAUAUGUGAAUUAAAAUUCAAAGUUGUUACCGAAGCAGAAAAAAAUGAAGAGAUGCCUUUGGAUUCUUCUGUGGACAUGAAGCAGUCUGAGGAAAUUCAGCAAACAUGGGCUAUGUUUAUGGAAAGGGAAAGAUUAUUCAAGAGCCCAGUGAGGGGAACCAAGAGCUAGUCCCAGGCAGUAGGACUGAACACUUAUCAAGGAACUGACAACAUACAUCUAGUUGGGUUCCAGAAUUGCUUUGUGCCUCUAAUUUUCUUCUUUUUUGAGUGGUACUGUCUAUUGCCUGUCCCAUGUUUCACUGGUUGUUAAAUUCUGUGUAUGCGGGGACAGAUAUCUUAUCUCUUUAGCUCACAGGUCUUCAGAUCAAGAUGAACUGUACUUGAGCUGGAACUGCCCCUGAGAAGCCACGUUCACCUUUGUACCUGAUUUAGAUGACAAGAUUUUGGGGUCUGAUGCUCUAAAUAAGUGAAACCUUGGGGGAGGUGGGCUCUUGGGAGAAGGCAACUCUGUUUUGUGUGUUGGAGGAAUGUAUGUAACUCAUGGCCAGCGGGUGGACUGUUGUGGGUUUUAAGACAUGCCUACUUACCAUCAAGAGGUGGGGUCUAAUUCCUCUUCCUUUGUAGAUGGGCUGGCCUCAGUGACUUGUUUCUAAUGAAUAGAACGUGGCAGAAGUGAUGCUGCAUGACCUCUGAAGAUAGGUUAAUAUAACUUCUGCUCCACUUUCUCUCUUGGAUUGCUCUCCAUUAGAACCAAGCCACCAUGUUGGGAGGAAGCCACAUUGGAGAGGCUACAGGUAGGUGUUCUGGUUCCAGCCAACAACCAGCACCUACCACCAGGUAUGGGUGAAUGAGCCUUUUAUUUCUGCCCCAGCCUCUGAGGCACCCCAGCUGUCACCAAGAGGAACAUUAACAAGCUGUCCCCAUUGAGCCCUGACUAAAUUGUAAAUUUGUGAAUAAAAUAAAUGUUUUAAGCUAUUAAGUUUCACAGUACUUUGUUACUCAGGAAUAGAUAAUUGGAACAGGCAGUAUUAAUAGGACUGAUUGCAUAUUGGAAGUAAGAA